UUGAGGUGUGCUAUGGGAGGGGAUUCCGCCCCCUCUUAACUGGCCAAUCCCCAUCCACCUGCACAUUCGUGACUGAAAACGUUCGGAGCAGGGUGGAGUUCCAUUUCUAACGAUUAUCACUAGGUGAAUCGUCAGUUGAAGAAUGGAGAUACUCGGUAAUAUAUCAUCGGCAUUUUGGUCCCCUGACGUUUGGUUACCGCCGAAUAUAACGUGGGACAACAUUGCGCCAAAUUCGGAUAACAAAUAUGCGGAUUAUCGGCAUUUAGUGUAUCCCCUGCCUAUGGCACUUGGACUUCUAGUCAUCAGAUACUGCUUCGAGAGGUAUUGCUUUGCUCCAUUCGGUAAGUCAUUGGGUAUAAAACCAAGAACGAAGAAAGCACCACCAAAUCCAAUUCUAGAGAAGGCAUACACUAAGCGAAUAAAGAAUAAACAGGUAACGGCACUGGCCAAGCAGCUCGAUUGGAGCGAGCGACAGGUGGAACGAUGGCUGAGACUCCGAAGGGCUCAGGGAAAGCCUUCCACCCUCACCAAAUUCUGUGAAAAUAGUUGGAGGUGUAUGUACUACAGCUUAAUAUUCAUCUACGGCCUCUUUGUCCUCUGGGACAAGCCCUGGCUCUGGGACAUCAAGCACUGCUACUAUGGCUAUCCCUACCACGCUGUCAGCAAUGACAUUUGGUGGUAUUACAUGAUCUCAAUAUCGUUCUACUGGUCCCUCAGUAUUUCACAGUUCUUCGAUGUCAAGAGAAAAGACUUCUGGCAAAUGUUUAUCCACCACAAGGCAACUAUUCUCCUCAUGUGCUUCUCCUGGGUGGGAAAUUUGACCAGAAUUGGAUCUUUAGUGCUGGUUCUUCAUGAUUGUGCUGAUAUUUUCCUGGAGGCUGCCAAAAUGGCUAAAUACGCUAACUACCAAAAAAUUUGUGAUGCUCUAUUUGCUCUCUUCACUAUUCUCUGGCUUAUAACUCGUAUGGGUAUCUACCCUCUGUGGAUUAUCUACAGCACGUCCAUUGCUGCUCCAAAAAUCGUGCCAAUGUUCCCAGCCUACUACAUCUUCAAUUCUUUGUUAAUUCUCCUGUUUGUCCUCCACACAAUUUGGACUCGAUUAAUCCUCAAGAUUGCAUUCAAUGCACUUUACGCCGGCCAGAUGGAAGGUGACCUACGAAGUAACAGCAGUGAGGAGGUAUCCGAUGAUGUUUCAAAUGAUCCACCUUCAAACAACUCCAAUCACGCCAAACGAAAUUCUGAUAAACGGGACUAACGGACUUGUCUGUUCAAUCAUUGGUAGACAUUAAUAAAAUAUUUUAAUGUCAAUAAAAUUUCAAAAACAAAUUUUUAAACUGAUACGAGCUUGUAUCAGCAGCAUGAGUCCAUUUAAAUGAUUAAAAAAUCAUCACAAUUUGAUGAAUGCAAGCAAUAUUUUGAAUCAAGCUUAUGGGAGGAUUUUUUCUCUCAUUCGAUUAAACCAAAUAUUCAACAACUAAAGAAUUAAUGCAAAAACAAAAAAAAAUAACAUCAUUGAGAUAUUAGCAAUGGAGAGGUGCAAGUGUUGCCCUUAAUUUAUGAUAACUUUUGUUCGUAUUUUCCUUUUCCAUCGAUGUAAGUGAUCUACAUGAGUAUUAAUGCCCACCCAGUGCUGCGAGAAAUAGUUUUCCCCUGUCGUUGAUGUUUGUUUUUGUGCAAGAAAGUGAGAUGAGAAUUUCAGCAAUGAAAUUGACGUGUAAAGAUAUUAAACCGAGAGAUACCUUUCAUUACGUAAUCAACUUAUUUUUGUUUUUUUGCCAGUUUAUUUUCUUUCGUGUGUCAGGGGUCAACGAUAAAAAAGAGAUGUAACUCUUUUUUUAUGAAUUCAAUUUGAAUGGAACGAGAGUGUAAAUAAAAUAAUUUAUAGUGCUGUUGUUGUGGUUAAAAUUGAAAUAAUGUUUCAGUGCCUAAUGCAGUAUAUUUAAAUUAAUUAUUCACAUCGGCAUUUUUCUAUGGGAUUAAGAUUACUAUUUAUUCAUACGUGAAUAAUUCCUUGAACAUAAAUUUUGUCAAUUAUAAAAAUUAAUUUUCACGGGUUUCAUUGAACUCCGAGUUUUCCAAUACUCCAGUACUUUCAAUAAAUAUUAUUUUCAUUACAAUGUAUUUUUCUAGAACUGCAUCAGAGUUAAUAAACAUUCCAUGAUACUUCGAAAUGUCCUCCGCAAUGGAUUUAUGUAAUGCCUUUCAAUUUUCAUAUGUUAGAUAUGAAUGUAAUUUGCCUGAUAAAAAUGAGAUGCAAGAAAUUGAUACUGCAGAGAGAGAGAGAGAGAGAGAGAAAUCAUUCAAUUGACCAUGACAAUGAAAUUUUUUUUUUCAAAAAAGACAAUGUACAGAUUUGAAAGAGAAACGAGAUAACCACACGGGUUUGGAUCUGAAAUGUGUGUUCCUAAAUGAUAUGCGAGUGAAUACGAAUUGUUGCAUGAUAAUUUUUAUUAAACUCGUUAAUCUUCGCACACCUAAUCGAGUGACAAAUACGUAUGUGAGCAGGACAAGUAAUGAUGUAGUCAUGUAUGACCAAAUAGCAAUUGCCUUGCGUGAUGAAGUUAACGAUACAUCUUUCGAAGAUCUGGACAUGAUUUGAAAUGAACAAAGUUAAGCAAAAACAUUAGCUUAAAAUUCUGCACGUUUUUAUUUUUCAGCGUAAAAUUUUCUAUAUCGAUGUAUAAAUUCGUCCUUAUGAUAAAAUAAAUUUUGACCAAUUAAAUAGGUGAUUUCAA